AUGUCAGACCCAGUUGCGGCGAAGUCUGGCUUUCUCUGCAUGUACAUGUCGAAUCACCCGGACACCUUGGUCUCGUACGUGCGGCAUUGGGGAAGAGUUGGCGAGAAUGUGACUAGUGCUAAGAUGAUAGCCAUAGACUCGAAGGGAAUGACUCUUACCUACAGCACGAAAUCCGGCGGUGAAGCAAAGAAAGAGGUCCGUGUCGAGUUCGACCCGCCACUUGCUGGGUACGAAGAAGUCAAGCCGCGUCUGCUCAGCAUGAAGGUCGAUGCGGAAAAGGCGCUGGGCAUGAGCACCGCACCACAGGUUACGACCUUCCACUUGCCAUCUGACGCUCUGGUCACGGUGGUGGCGCUCGGUUGCCUCUUCUAUACGAUUUAUUCGCCGGGGCCUUCGUCUCCGUACUAUUCGCCCGUGUUCAAGCUCGGGUAUUGGCUCCAGUGCAACCUCCCGUCCUGGGUUAUACCUAGCUCUUGCAUUUUUGCACUGGUCGUGCAUGCCCUAGAAGCUACAUAUACCUUUUCUCUGUGCAAGAAGCAUAGGACUGGCUUUGUUGUUGGCGCACAAUACGUACUGUCCAAUUUUGUGUUUGGAUACCCGGUGCUGUUCGAGCUUCGCCGCCAUAUCCACGCUGCCAGGAUCGACAGUAUUACAAAGGGACAGUGA